CGACACUCCGCCAUGACUGACGACUUGAGGGCACUUGGGAACAUUAUUUCUUCGGCUAUUAACAGCAUAUGUGCAGUCUGCGAGACGUCUGGAAAGGAAUUCCCUUCUCUCAAUGACCCAAUCCAUGCGUCCGAAUUCACGCCUGAAGGAAUCCGUAAUGACUCUUCCGUCGCUCUGUCCAUUAAUCUCAUUAGGGCAGCAGCAACACAGUUGCUCGCGACUGUGACCCCGCCUGCAGCUACCAUGACACUCUCGGCAUUCAAGUAUACGUUACCUGCAGCACUCGGAGUUGCAGAGGCGGGAAACGUAGCAGAGAUCCUUCGUGAUGCAGGCCCAGACGGAUUGCAUAUUAACGAGAUCGCUGCUAAAAGCGAUAUGCACCCGAAGAAACUUUCGCGCAUUUUACGUUACCUUGCGACCGAGCACUGGUUCCGCGAGAUAACGCCCGAUGUUUUCACGAACAACCUCCUUUCAUCGCUCCUAGACUCUGGAAAGGACAUCACAAAAGAUUUCGAUCCGAGUACCAAACACGAUAAUUCCAAUGGAAUGUCAGCCUUUGCAGGCUACGGGGCUGAUGAAUGCAUGAAGUCCGGUUCAUACCUAGUCGAGGCCAUGACUGAUCCAGACAUGAAAUUCUCCGAGGAGCCUAAUUCUGCCGGCUUGCAAAAGGUUCUGAAAACAUCGGAAACAAUUUUCGAAUAUCUUGAAAGGCCAACGGAGCAUUUCCGCCGAAAGAGGUUUGCGAUUGUAAUGGCUACUGCCAACAAGAUGCAUACGCCAGCAUCAAUUUUAGCAGCCUUUGACUGGGCCACUUUACCAGACGAAGGCAUCGUUGUUGAUGUCGGUGGAGGGUUGGGACACGUCGCACUUGAAAUUGCCAAGGUUUAUCCUAGACUCCGGAUGGUCAUCGAAGAUAGGCCACUCACAAUUGAGGAGGCAAAGCGGUUCUGGCAGGAAAAUCUUCCACAACACGUUUCCAGUGGUCACGUGCACUUCAUUGGGACGGACUUUUUUGCUGCUCAGCCUCAGCUACCUGGUCCUGUAUCCGUUUUUAUCCUGAGGAUGGUCAUUCACGACUGGUCUGAUAAAUACGCGAUCAUGAUUUUGCGUCGACUUCGGGAUGUGGCAACUCCUUCAACUAGGCUCAUAAUAAUUGACCAUAUACUCGAUUAUGCAUGUGGGUCUCAAGAUGAGACAGAGAAGCCUCCAACCCCUCUUCUUGCGAACAUGGGAGGCGCAAAUGUGAUUUCGUAUUCUGUGGAUCUUGCAGUGUUUGCUGCCUUGAAUGCCGGAGAACGCACAAUCGACGGAUUCAAGAGCAUUCUGUCUUCCUCUGGAUGGAAGCUUCAGGAAAUUAGAAGGAACCCAAACAGCUCUAUAUUUAAACCUGCUAUCAUCUCAGUUCCGGUGUGA